UGACAAUUUUUUUACAGGUUAAAAUAAAUAAAAAAAAACCUACUACUAUUGUAGCAGUUCAUCAGCGACUCAAUAAUUAUAAAAUUAUUAACAUGUAAUUUACGUUACUUUUUAGGGCAAAACUGACCUAUCUAGUUUAUAUACUUUAAUUCUUUAAUUUUAAUAGUCAUUGUGAUCGUGUAUGUCACAUGAAACGAUUAUCAGGACAUGCAGAUAUACAUAUGCAUGACAUAUUAUUCAUGUGUGACAUAUUAGUGAAUCCUGCACGAACAACAUUGAUUUAUGGCUAAAAGGGAUGUAAAAAAGGCAUGGAAGCCAAAAAUGAAACUGAAAUCGGAUCUGAGAUGCAGCAAAGAUUUGAAGUUUCUUCACUUAAAUUAACGUACAUGAAACGUACAAGCAUCUUUCUCAAGUUAUAUUGGCGAAUCAUUUUUGCUAUCUGUUGGGCUAUACUUUUGUUACCUUUCAUCGUAAUAUAUGAUUAUUCGGAAGUCAGAUGUGCCUAUAUUGUAUUGCUAGUAGCCGGAUACUGGGUGACAGAAAGUCUACCAAUAGGAAUCACGUCAUUAAUACCUGUAGUCUUGUUUCCGUUAUUCGGUAUUCUUAGUACUCAGGAGACAUGCGCUUGCUACAUGAAUGAUACUAUCAUGGUCUUUAUUGGUGGUUUGAUACUUGCUAUUGCAAUUGAGCAUUGCAACCUUCAUCUACGAAUUGCUUUGUUCGUGAUGAAGACACUUGGAUGCAGCCACGCGAAGCUGCUUGGUGGCCUUUGCACUGUAACCACUUUCAUAUCUAUGUGGAUCUCAAAUGCAGCAGCCGCCGCAAUGAUGGUACCCAUCGUUUUCGCUGUACUUCGCGAAUUGGAGAGGCAAGGACUUGGAAAAGUAUUCGAUAUAAAACAGGAUCCAGAGAAUCCAGAAGCUGAGCCGGAUAUAACACCGACAAAAUUAACAAAGGCUUAUCUAUUUGCGGCGGCGUAUUCCGCGACUUUUGGCGGCACCGGAGCGCUCGUAGGUACGCCGACGAAUCUUGCCUUUAAGGGCAUCUACGAAUAUAAUUUCCCUACUGCUGACCCAAUUACUUUUGGCGACUGGAUGGUUGCCUCGAUUCCGCAGAUGGCCACAAACUCUCUUAUACUGUGGUUGUACCUGCGAAUCGCUUUUUUGGGAUAUUUAAGGCCGCGUAGCAAAGAUGCUGAAAUGGCGAGAAUCGGUGCAGAAGGCGAGGCCAUCGCAAAUCAAGUGAUAAGUCAAAAUCUUAAAAAUCUAGGACCUAUGACGUUUCACGAGAUCUCCGUUGCAAUACUUUUUACGGGAUGUAUAUUUUUAUGGGUGUUUAGAGCUCCUGGAUUCGUUCGCGGAUGGUCGGAAAUUCUAACGAAUGUAAUGUUAGCGGAUUCGAUGCCCGUAGUCUUUGUAUGCCUGCUAAUGUUUUUCAUCCCAAAAGAGCCGGUCUUUAUACGCUUCUUCAGCAAGGACUCGUCUAGACGACCGACCAGAUCAUCCGAGGGUCUGAUUACUUGGCAGAUCAUUCAGACAAAGAUGCCGUGGAGAUUGGUAUUUCUAUUAGGCAGCGGUUUCGCUGUUUCAAAAGGCAGCAGUGUCUCAGGACUUGCCAUGAAAGUAGGACUAGCUUUGGUACCUCUAAAGGAAUUGCCUCCUGUGCUGAUGAUGGCCGUUGUUCUUUUUCUUGUUAAUACUCUGACAGAGUUUACUUCAAACGUCGGUACAGCUAAUAUAAUUCUGCCUGUUGUUGCUCAUAUGUGUGUAGCAAUGAAGAUACAUCCGUUAUAUCUGAUGAUGCCAGUGACUCUGAUGUGUUCGUAUGCAUUCAGAAUGCCGGUUGCUACGCCGCCAAAUGCAAUUAUAACCGUCGCGGGUCAUUUACAAACUCGGGUACUAAUAGCAGUUGGAUGUUUCCCCGCAAUGUACACUUUAAUAGUGCAAGUUAUCCUAUUCCCUACUUGGGGAGCCUUCAUUUAUGGUAUCGGGGAGUUUCCAGCUUGGGCCGAGCAACUUGUUCGAAAAUCAUAAUCUAGUCGUGGUGUUAAUAUUUUUACUUAUUGUCCAUGAUAGUAACUAUAAUUGUGAAAUAUAUUCUCAUUUAUCG